AUGGGUCCUCUCAAUCCGAGUAAAAGGGGACAGGCAGCCGUUCUGACCCGGGCCAAACCAUCAUAUCUUCCUAGAGACAUAUCCAUUCUGCAUUUGGAGGUUAUAGAGGAGAGUGCAGAAUGCUUACACCUCACAGUGAAAGACCCUUCAUCUCAAAGGUAUGAGGUCCAGCUUCCAGACCAACAGCACUCUCCUUGGGGCAAAGCAGCUGCACAGAAUACCCAGUACUCCAUCGAGUUUCAACACAACCCAUUUAGUUUUACAGUGCGACGUAAAUCUAAUUAUAAGGUGAUCAUGAACACAAGUGUGGCUCCUUUUCUAUUCACGGAUCAGUACCUUCAGCUGUCAACAACACUGGCGUCCUCAUCUGUGUCUGGCCUGGGAGAACAUUACACUUCUUUACGUCUGGACUUGAACUGGACAUCUUUAACGCUGUGGAAUCAAGACACUAAACCCCGUGCUGGGGCAAACCUCUACGGCUCUCAUCCCUUUUAUAUAGUCCAGGAAGCAGAUGGAUUUGCUUAUGGGGUUUUCAUGUUAAACAGCAAUGCUAUGGAAGUGAUCCUGCAGCCCACUCCUGCUCUGACUUGGGUUGCUCUCGGUGGAAUACUUGACCUAUACGUUUUCCUGGGACCUAAUCCAGAAAGUAUAAUUCGCCAGUAUCUUCAAGUUAUUGGUUACCCCAUGAUGCCUCCCUACUGGGCUCUGGGCUUUCACCUUUGCCGUUGGGGAUACAAAACGAGUAAUGCAACCCGGAAAGUGGCACAGCGCAUGCGUGAUGCCAAUUUUCCUUUGGAUGUGCAGUGGAAUGACUUGGACUAUGCACACGGUCGCAGGGUCUUCACCUUUGAUCCUGUGAGGUUUGGUGACCUGCCACAGAUGGUGCAAGAAUUUCAUGAACAGAAUUUGAAAUACGUCCUUAUUUUGGAUCCAGGCAUCAGUACAACCAGCCCUCCUGGGUCAUAUGCUCCAUAUGAUGAUGGGUUAAAAAGAGAUGUAUUUAUUAAAAAUUCCACUGGAAAUGCCAUUAUUGGAAAGGUGUGGCCUGGACCGACUGCUUUUCCAGAUUUCACUAAUCCAGAGACUAUAAAAUGGUGGGAGGACUGCAUUAAAGAUUUUCUGUCUCAGGUUUCUGUGGAUGGCCUCUGGAUUGACAUGAAUGAACCCUCCAGUUUUGUGCAGGGCUCUGUGGACGGCUGCCCGGACUCAGAUCUGGACCAACCACCCUACACUCCGCCGGUUGUCGGCGGCCAGUUAAAUUCAAAAACGCUUUGCAUGUCGGCGCAACAAUUCCUGUCGACGCACUACAACCUGCAUAAUAUGUACGGACUCACAGAAGCAUAUGCCACUCACAGGGCACUCAUAAAUGUCCAGUCAAAACGGCCCUUUGUCUUGUCUCGCUCCUCCUACCCCGGGAUUGGACGAUUUUCGGGAGUGUGGACUGGUGAUGUCACAAGUAACUGGGAACAGCUGAGAUUCUCAAUCCCAACUGUGCUGCUGUUCGGCCUGUACGGAGUGCCUCUUGUGGGGGCAGACGUGUGUGGCUUUGAGGGCAACACUACUGAGGAGUUGUGUGUGCGCUGGAUGCAACUCGGGGCCUUUUAUCCAUUCAUGAGGAACCACAAUGACAGGCCAAAUAUACCCCAGGAGCCUUAUGUAUUUGGAAAGAAAGCCCAGGCGGCCAUGCGUAGUGCUCUUAACCUGCGCUACUCUCUGCUUCCUUUCCUUUACACACUUUUUCAUCACGCACACACAUCCGCACAGACCGUGGCCAGAGCCCUCUUUGUCGAAUUUCCCUUCGACCCUAACUGCAAAGCGAUUGACCGUCAGUUCUUGUGGGGCAGUGCGCUCCUCAUCAGCCCAGCGCUGGAACAAGGAGUUGUAGAGAUUCCUGCUUACCUUCCAUCUGGCACUUGGUACAGCCUGCAGGACGGCCAACCUUUCUACAGUAAGAGUGAGUAUGUGCUCCUUUCAUCCUCAUUGGACACCGUCAAUGUUCAUGUAAGAGAGGGACACAUAAUACCUCAGCAGGAGCCCUCUCUUACAACCGCAGCCUCUCGCACCAAUCCCUUCUUCCUGACCGUGGCUUUGUCUGCGGGUGGGCGGGCAUGGGGCGACCUGUUCUGGGACGACGGGGAAAGUCUGGACACAUUUGAGAAGAAUAGUUAUAGUUAUGUCAUCUUCACGGCAGGGCAGGCACGGAUUGUGAGUGAUCCUGUGAGACUAAACAAAGAUUUGGAUGGAUUGGUCUUGGGAGGUGUGAGAGUUUUUGGUGUUUGGGCACCACCUCGUUACGUUCUCGCCAACGGAGAGAAGGUCAAUUUUACGUACCACAUUGACACAAAAGCAUUAGUAGUGAACAAGUUGGCCCUGCCCAUGUCAGAGAUUUUCACAGUUCAGUGGGCUCUCUGA